UAGAAUGUUCAACGUUCAAAUGGCGAGAAAGUUAUAACGAAAAUUAAAUUUUGUUGUAAAUGGCUUUGCCUUGAUACGGAUUAAUUGACUUCCUCAUUUGAUAAGGCGUCUCAACUUGUGCACACAAACUCACAUUUCAUGUUACAAGAAUACUAUAGCGAAGAAAGCAACAGAGAUCAGCCUGUUUCUAACUAACUGUAAGUUAAAUUUCAACUAAAAUAAAAUGAAACCAAAUACAGCGUUGAAAGUUUUUUUCGUGUUAUUUGCAUUUAAUAAAAGACUAAAUCCUCGCAUUCUUGCUACAAAACAAAUUCAUGACACGUUCUCAUUUCUGUGCCAAGAUCAAAUGGUUAAAAUUGACUCGAACAUAUACCAUUUGGAUCGAUUGAAUUCAUCACUGAAAUCGGAGUAUUUCGAGAAGUUAUUCACCUCAGAAGAUUUUAAACGGAAAAACGAUCCAAUUAUAGAGGUACAGUCCCUCAGUAGUGAAGUAUUUCCUACAAUACUUGAAAUAAUUCACGGAAAAGAAAUACAGGAUAUUUUAAACAAGGAUAACUAUCUUUCAUUAUUAAAGGAAAUAAAUCAUUUCGGCAUGAGAAUAGAUCUGCAAAUUUUCAGUAGCUUGAUCGACUGCGAUUUAGAAUCCUGUUUGCCCCAAGAGGCGAAAAUAUUCGAAUUGUACGCUUUCAUCAUUCAGAAUAGCCAGUUCGAGUAUUUAUCGAAGAGUGUUUUGAAGUACAUGUCGAAUCACUUGGACGCAUUACAAAAUCACGAAAUACUUUCGUCUGACGUGCCGCUUGAUCACCUUGUUCGAUUAAUUAAGAACUUUAAACAUCCGAAUGAAAACAUAAGAUAUAACGUUGUUCAAAUUUGUUCGGAAUGGCUCAGUCACGAUAUGAAAAAUAGACUUCCACACAUGGCACAACUAAUGAAAAAGACAAAAUUAUUGUAUCGCGUUUCAGAAGAAUUGUAUUCGGAUUUCAGCAAAUGUUUACCUUCGUGCGAUCUAGAUAAGCAGGCAAGACGAAAAAUGAUUUCGACAUGCUUUUUUGCAGUGAUGGCCAGUGGUGGUAGACUUCACCCUACAACACCCGAAACAGAGUAUAACUACGACAGUUAUGCGAGAUAUUCUUCAGAAGAUUCAAAUGAUGAUAGUGAAACAGAAACGGUGGUACACGAGAGAUAUGUAAAUGACCGAAACGAUUCUGUCAAGUUGAAUGAAUUCCGAAAGAAUGGAGAUUUAUACGACAUCACGGUUCGAGUUGGAGAAAAAACAUAUAAACUUCAUCGGCGUGUUUUAGAAUCAAAAUCUAGCUAUUUCAGAGACGUUUUCAGAGCAGAGUAUUCUGACGCAAUCGCUCAAUCUGAUGGAACACCGAAAACAUGUCCAAGUAAAGAUGAGGAAUACCUAAUCAAUGAUGAAAUCGAUCCAUCAACGUUUGAAGACGUAAUAAGUUCUCUAUAUGGGUAUGAGAAGGUUCAUGCAAUAUUUGAAAGAUUUGAAUACAAAUGGGAUAAAAUUGUGAAAUUUUUAAAAAUCGCCCAUUCUUUAAGACUCGAUGAACUAUUACAAGAUUGUAUACACAAUUUGAAGAAGGAGCACCAAAGAGCCAAUUCCCAACAUGUUGAGCAGAUUUUGAAUUUUGUACAUGAAAAGUCGGAAUAUGAAAAUUUGUACGUUAUUCAUUUAAGCAAACAUUUGGCAGAAAACUGGCCUAAUAUCCGCAACAUGUCGCAAUUUUGUUCAAUUUCAUUGCCUGUGCUAAAAAACAUUCUGAAUUCGUCACAUUUCCGAUUCGACGAUCCGCAUAAAAUCUUGGACAUUUGUUCGAAAUGGACGUGUCAUGAUAUGAAGGGUCGGUACCAAUUUUUACCUCAAAUUGCCCGAGUUAUAAAUCCUCUUUGUGUGGUAGAACAUGACGAAUAUAUAACUGAUGUAGCAGAUUUCAACACCUCACCAGAGAAGUUUGUUCGAGACGAAUUAUGGAAAAUUCUGUCGUCACCGCCUCAUAUUACUUAUUCGGAUAAAUACUUCAAAAAUGCAUCGAGGAAACUGGAAGAAAUACCAGUGUUUAUCUCAGUCAUGAAGGAAAAAAAUAUAAAUGUACUUAAUACCGAUCUAGAUGUGAUCACAUCAAUUAAUCAUUCUGAACCCAUCUACUCAACGUGGAAGUCAUUAUCAACAGGACGGAACAAUCCAUUUUUGGCGACUCUUAUCAACGAUAAUUUAUUUAUUCUUUCUAACUUUAACAAUGAUUUUAAAUUUCUGGUAUACAAUUUUUUUCUGAAAACAUGCAUUCAACUGCGCUGCGAUCUUCCUAGACCUACUUACCAUACGAAUUAUCGUUUCUACACCCUUUUGAAUUGCAAUAACGAGAUUUAUAGUUGUUCAAAUUACGGCCGAAUAGCGAAAUAUUCGAUGCAAUUUGACCUCUGGACAACACUCAUACAGCGGGAUCUGCAGUCAUACAAAAGAGAUCUUCACUACACAAGUGAUGGGAAAACGCUUUAUAGGAUGUAUGAAAUUCCAACAAAAGAAAGACCUUUCUUCAGUUACCAAUACAUUGUGGAGGAGUUUGAUUUGAAAAAUAAUUCCUGGAAUCGUGUGCCAGGUUCACCUUUGAUAGAAUAUCUCUUCGAUCCUAUUCGUUUCGGUAUGAUUAAUGAUCAUGAUUUCAUUAUUUUCGCCGAUGGGAAAAUUGUUACAUCCAACCGCGGUGUUACGGGCAAUGAAUGGCAUUGGAGUUAUCUUAAGAUACCAAAGAAAGGUGUACUCAGCUUUGCGCAGUAUGAAGAUAAGCUGUUGGUAUUGACCGAGUAUAAAUUUUACCGCUAUUACCCCACCAACGAAAGUUUUGAAUUCAAGAAAGCUAUUCCAAAAGCCAUAUGUUAUGGUAGUCAUAUUGUGACGAUUGAUAGACAUUUAUGAUAUGGAACUCGACACAAUGAAGCAAAUCAGUAGUUCUGUGUCCCUGUAAAAGUACGAGUAUAUUGCAAAAAAAAAACUGUAGGUAGGUAUUUGAUUUACGUAUGAUCAUUUUUACGAUUUUUAUGCGCAUUGUUGUCUUGCUGUAUCUACCAAUAAACCGUGACUAAUCAAAAUAUUUA